AUGGUGACACGGCCGCUGCGGAAGGCGUUCAUCAUGCCUGGGGAACAACAAACUGGGCAUAGCUGCAGGUGCUGUUCUCCUAGAAACAGCGUUGGAAGGGGCACCCAGGGGUCAUCUAGCCCAACCCACUGCAAUAAUUAAAAUAAUAAUAACAAUAUAUUAUUAUUUAUAUCCGGCCCAUCUGGCUGGGUUUCCCCAGCCACUCUGUGCGGCUUCCAACAAAUUAUUAAAAUACAAUAGUCUGUUAAACAUUAAAAAGGUUCCCUAAACAGGGCUGCCUUCAGAUGUCUUUUAAAAUGCAUUUCUGGGUUAUUUGUGGGGCAUAGGAAUUUGUUCUUUAUUUUUCUCUCCAAAAUGUAAUCCGGCCCCCCACAAGGUCUGAGGGACAGUGGACCGCCCCCCUACUGAAAAUGACCCCUGGUGUUUGCUGACCCCUGGUGUAGUUAGUUCCUGCAGGGCCAGAAUCGCAACUAUACCCCCAUGGUCAGCCUACCAGUUUCAGAACUCUCCAAUUAACUCUCCAACAUCUUCUGAGGUCAAAGAAUCUCAGGAAUAUAGGGUAGGAAGGGACCCCAAGGGUCAUCCAGUCCAACCCCCCUGCAAAGCAGGAAUCUCUGCUAAAGCACCCUGGCAGAUGGUCAAACAACCUCCACUUAUGAACCUCCAAGGAAGGAGAGUCCGCCACCUCCUUUCCAUGGUAGAAAAGGUCUUGCUGGCAUACAGACAACCUCUGCAUACAUUCCAGUUUGCCAGCACCCUUCUUAAAUUGUGGCACCCAGAAUUGGACACAGGACUCCAGGUGUGGUCUCACCAAGGCAGAAGAGAGCAGUUCUGUUUUUCCCCUUGAUCUGAACACUAAAGGUAAAGGGACCCCUGACCAUUAGGUCCAGUUGCAGACGACUCUGGGGCUGCGGCGCUCAUCUCACUUUAUUGGCCGAGGGAGCCGGCGUACAGCUUCCAGGUCGUGUGGCCAGCAGGACUAAGCCGCUUCUGGCGAAGCAGAGCAGCGCACGGAAACGCCAUUUACCUUCCCGCCAGAGCGGUACCUAUUUAUCUACUUGCACUUUGACGUGCUUUUGAACUGCUAGGUUGGCAGGAGCAGGGACCGAGCAAUGGAAGCUCACCCCGUCGUUGCGGGGAUUCAAACCGCCGACCUUCUGAUCGGCAAGCCCUAGGCUCAGUGGUUUAUACCAGAGCACCACCCGCGUCCCUUGAUCUGAACACUAUGCUUCUCUUUAUACAGCCUAGAAGAGCACUCACUUUUUCUGCUGCUGCAUCACCCUGUGGACUCAUGUUCAGCUUGUGGUCCACCAAGACCCCUAGAGAUCCUCUUCACAGGUCCUGCUAGUAAGCCAGGUGUCCCCCUUCCUAUAUUUUUGCAUCUGGUUCUUCCUGCCGAAGUGCCAAACCUGACAUCUGUCCCGACUGAAAUUCAUUUGUUAGCUUGCGCCCAGGUCUGCAAUGUGUUGUGGUCAUUUUGAAUCUCCUGUGACCCCUCCUAGUUUGGUGUCCCCUCAAUUCAUUUUUUUCCAAUUUAAUUUUUAUCAAGUUUCAACAUUUUAAACAUACAGUUUUAUUCUCAGAUGAGCCAAGAGUCAUAAAUCAGUUUCAAAGAAUAGCCAUCUCAUCGGCUUUCUCCGCCUUUGUCUAUGCAGGUCGCUCAAAUAAUACAUUUUGUAACUGUGGUUACCUGAGCUCAGUCACUGCGCAGGCAAGUGGAACAGAGUCUGAGAUGGCUCAACUGGUAGAGCAGGGGACUCAAUCUCAGGGUCGUGGGUUCGAGCCCCGCUUUGGGCAAAAGAUUCCUGCAUUGCAGGGGGUUGGACUGGAUGACCCUCAGGGUUCCCACCAUCCCUGCAAUUCUAUGAUUCUGUGAUUCUUUACAAAGCCUCCAUGAAUCGCCAACAGAGACUUAAUUACAGACUUCUGAUCCCGAGUAGAAGUUAACCACUCACAAUUUAAUCUUAAUUCCUUGCUGCUGCUGUGAGCCAGUGUGGUGUAGUGGUUAAGAGCGGUAGUCUCGUAAUCUGGGGAACCGGGUUCGUGUCUCCGCUCCUCCACAUGCAGCUGCUGGGUGACCUUGGGCCAGUCACACUUCUCUGAAGUCUCUCAGCCCCACUCACCUCACAGAGUGUUUGUUGUGGGGGAGGAAGGGAAAGGAGAAUGUUAGCCGCUUUGAGACUCCUUAAAGGGAGUGAAAGGCGGGAUAUCAAAUCCAAACUCUUCUUCUUCUUCUUCUUCUUCUUUUGAGUCACUUUCCCCAAUAAGGCUGUUUGCAUCGUACUAUGGUUAGUCCUUGUCAUGAUUCUGACCCCCCCAUCCUGCCAACUGUACUCUCGCAGCAGUUAAAUGAUGUGUUCUUUCUAAAGUUUUAAGUUGUGGUGGUUUGCAAACUUUCUGCAGGUUUUAAAUUAUUAUUAUUUAUGACAUUCAUCUGUUCACCUGAGGAUCACAGGGCAGCGUACAAUAUAAAAACAGAAAAUUACAUAGCAAAGUAACAAAUGAAAACAGCACGCCACCCCACCCCGUUUAAAAGGCAACAGAUGGUUUAAUUAGCCAAAUUAAAUUUUUAGUGAUAACAUUAUCAUUUCAUCUUCCUUGCAAACCGCUUUCCCUUUACAACCAACUGGCAGAUAAAUUGUAUGAAAUAACAAUUUAUAAAGUCUGUUUUCUUCACCCCCCUUCCCCUACAUAUUGUUGCAACAUUAUUAUUAUUUAUUCCAUUUAUAUACCCUUUUAUCAAAAGAUCCCAGGGUAAUAUUGCACCAGUAAUAAAAACAUGAUAAAAAGCAUGGUAAACACGAAUACUGUCAGAGAAUCGUAGAACUGUAAAGCAUUUAUUCAUUUAUUUACUACUACUAUUAUUUUUCCAAAACGGGGUGGGGAGAAGACAAAAUUGGACCCUGUGGGUCCAGCGAGGGGAAAUUAAGCCGCCCAGGUGUUGCCUGGGAGAUCUGGUUCCCUUCCUCCACGCCCCUGAGAUUAUUCCUCUUUUCUCUCAAACACACACCUGUAAUCUUAUCAGGCUCUCCUUCCACAAGCCAGGCAGGACCUCGCUCUGCUUCCCCCCUUCCUUUUUGGGGUGCUUGGAGCCGACCUUGCUCUGGGCGUGGGGGUACCUUCAAGCCCCGCCCCUUGGCCGUGCCUGGCCCCGCCCCCUUACCUGCCCAGGUGAGUCAGGCUACCAGGUGCGCGAGGCAGACGGACUCUUUGCCGGAGUCCUGCAAGGCGGAGAGGAGGCUCAGUCUCUGGGUGAGUCCAUUCAGAAGCCUUGGUGCCUUUGGGGGGGGGGACAAAAAACCCCAAUUAGAAUUAGGAUGUGUGUCUGUAGACUAUUGUAUUUUAAUAUUCUGUUGGAAGCCGCCCAGAGUGGCUGGGGAAACCCACCCAGAUGGGCGGGGUAUAAAUAAUAAAUUAUUAUGAUGAUGAUUAUUCUCCAGAUAAGCACAAUAAACCCAUGAUAAAGAAAUAUUGUCACAGCAGGUUCAAAGCAGCAUUAGGCUGGACUUUGUCUCUGAACUUGUUGAUCCAAAACAUUGCCAAAAAAAUAAAUAAAUCUAUUUCCUCCCUAUUAACACGCAGGGCUGGUUGUAAUUAUCUUACUCAGAGUUUCCAGAUUUUUCUCAACCUAUCCAGGUGUAGUGGGACAUGUGCUUUUUUCCCUUCCAGUUUUUAGCUGUUAUAACCUUAAGCACUUUUAAGCUAUUAUAACCUUAGCAUUUACCUUUUAGCUAUUGCUUUAUAAUCUUAGUGUUUGCUUUUUAGCUAUUAUAAAUCUUUGCAGCUGUUAAACACUAUUUCUGGAUGAAGAUUAAAAAAAAAAACUGGCAAGAGUUAAAUGGUAUAAAAAGUAAAUAAUCCAAAAAAUGAAGAGCCAUACUGAGCAGUAAACAGGCACAGCGGUGAUCAGCCCUGCAGGGAUUGAUGUCCUCCGUGCGGCGCUGGUUUGGGGCCUCUGGGAGUUGUAGUUUGGAAGAGCUGGAAGAGACUGGCGCCCUGCAGGCUGUUCCAGAAGAUGCUUUCAUUUAUUCUUAUGUAUUUAUUUAUACGCCACGUGAAAGGGACUCAAGGCAGCUGACAUAUAAAAGCAAGAACCGCAUUUGGGGGGGGGUCAUUAAAAAGCAGUUAAACAUUGAUAGAAAUAAGACUAUCUAUUUCUAUAAAAUCUGUUUUAAAUAGAAACAGCAGCAACUUUUCAUUAAAGCAGUCAGCUCCCCAAAGACUGUUGGAACAAGGAAAUCUUCAGCCAGGAAGGAUCUGGGCUGUUUUCCUGAGGAAGGGAGUUCCAAAGAUCCCAGCCAGUGAGAAGGGGGAAUGUGGCUCUCUCUCUCUCUCUCUCUCUCUCUCUCUCUCUCUCUCUCUACAUGUGAACUGUACAACAAUCCUUCUAGGAAGGCUAGACUGAGAGGCUACACAGCUGGCUCCCCAGGUCAGACCUUUCAUGGCCAGGUGGGGGGAUUUGAACCCCACAAUGUCUCCAGGUAGGGCUGGAAGAGGCACCCUUCCCCCAGUCCCGGAGAUCUGCUGCCAGCUGAGCUGGAAGACUCAGAUUUAUCCCUUUUUUCUCUGGAAAUUGUUUUUUGGUCGUUUGCAAAAUAAAAUAAGCCACUUCUUCCUCCGGAGGUGGCAUCUCACUUGGAGCAGAACCUGCCCAAAUCAGCUGGCGUGGCUCACUGAGCUUGCUCUGGUUUCGGUGAGUCUACUCUGAGUAGAGGUCACCCUGAAUUUGGCUCCCAAAAAGAUUGAAACAGGACAGGUUGAUGUAGCCAAAGCUGCCUUCUGCUGAGCUAGACCAUUCGUGGAACAGUAGAGGUGGAAGGGACCCCAGGGGUCAUCCAGCCCAACCCCCUGCCCUGGUUCCUAUCUAGCUGAGAUUUGUGGAGGCAGCGGUGGCGCAGUGGUUAGAGUGCUGGACUAGGACCAGCGAGGGGCCAGAGUCCCAAUCUCCCUGCUCAGCCUUACAGAGCUCAUGGGGUGAUACUUUGGGGGCCAGUCGCUCACUCUCAGCCUGACUUUGAGGACUUGUUCACAACUAGGAAUCGCAGCUAGAUUAUCAGAACUAUACAGCUGGAAUCUCAGGGUCAUGGGUUUGAGUCCCACGUUGGGUGAUAUAUUCCUGCAUUGCAGGGGGUUGGGCUAGAUGACCCUUAGGGACCCUUUCCAUUUUGAUGAUUCUGUGUGAAAUGGCUGACCUCCUCACCACACAGCACUGCCCUGGGUGGACCUCGCCUCAUUUUUGGCCACCUUGGAUUGAGUCCAAAGAGGCUGAUGGCAAUUUCCACCCGCAAAGAAACCAGCUUAGCUGCAUUCUGAGCUAGCAGAAUGUCCUGGGCUGGAUUUCUCUUGGGGCCAGUUUUGUGUGCAAUGCAGAGGCGAAUGCCGUGCGGUGGUGUGCUUGGAAUGUGACUUGAGGUGGGGUCUGCCCGAUGAGGGAGGGGUCCCCUUUUUGACGCGGCCUCUGGUUUGGUUGCAGCCCUGCAACAUUCCACCGGUGACAGAAGAACUACCUGAUGGGAUCAGGCCAGCUCCUGCUCUCAGAGGUGCUCAGAGUUAAGCUGUGGAACUCCCUGCCACAGGAGUGGCCACCAACUUGCAUGGCUUUCAAAGAGGAUUGGCCAAAUCCAUGGAGGAGGAGAGGGCUAUUGAUGGCUACUAGCCAGGGUGCCUGUGCUCCACAGUCAGAGACAAUGUGUACUCCUGAAUCCCCGUGCCUGGCAUCCCCAGGAGGGGAGAGGGCACUUUUGCUGGAAUCCUGCUUGCAGGGCUUCUGUGAGAACAGGAUGCUGGACAGACGGGCCCUUUUUGGGUCUGAUCUAGCAAUUCAGCUCUUCCUUUGGAACCUCCAGGUCCAGGGACAGUCUAUCUGGAUUCCUCAGCUCUUAGGGAUCUUCAGCCCCUGAGAAGACAGGCAUAUCGAAUCAUAGAAGUGCAGAGUUGGAAGGAACUCUGAGGAUCAUCUCAUCCAAGCCCCUGCAAGGCAGGAAUUGUUAGCAGGGAGAAUCAUAGAAAUGUGGAGUUGGAAGGGACCCUGAGGGUCAUCCAGCCCAACCCCCUGCAAGGCUCAAUCUCAGCUAAAGCAUCCCAGACAGAGGCCCACCCAACCUCCAAGAAAGGAGAGUCCACCACUUCUCAUGGGAGUCUGUUCCACUGUCAAUCAGUUCUUGCUGUUGCAAAUAAGGAAGAGACACUCCCUGCGUUUCCAAGAAAUGGCUGGCUGUGGAAGCAUUACAGUGAAAGACCUUGAAGCAGAGUGGUGGCCAUUGCCUUCAAAAUUAUAGGCAGGGCUCCGUCUGCCGGCUUCAUUGUUUCCUUCAUUUGGUGCAGGGAUUUUAUUUUCCGCAUAAACAGGGCUCUGUUUUUGCACCUACAUGCAGACCACUUUUCAUGUUCUCUGAGACAUGGAGAAAAAGGGAAAGCGGGACAUUCUGGGGUCAAGAGGGAAACUGGGACAGCAUUUGUAGUUCCGGAACUGUCCCUGGGAAACUGGGACCCUGGAGGGUCUGCAACUGCCUCAUUGGGGCAAGACCUGCUGGGGAGAGGUGCUCAUUAGCCCUCAGUGCAAAGCAACUUCUGGCGUUCCAUUCAAACCCAUCCUUUUUUCCAAAAGCAUGAGGUCUAGAAACUUAGCUCCUGCAGAAGUCCUCAGGUUCAAUCCUGAAAUCUGCCGGAAAGCCACUGCAGGGUCAUCUAGUCCACAGCCCACCCAGACUGGUAAAUAACGCGGCUCCCUGUGUUUUGAUGAGUGAAGCACCCUGAGAUAAAUAUAUCAAAGAGAGCAUUUCCCAACUGGUCUGGAGUCAGUUUGUGCCUUAGCAAAGUCGAUGCAGGAAACUGAGUUAUUAAUGCCUUCCGGAAAUUGUCGGAGGUUGCAAAACAGGCCCCUAAAUAGCUAGAAAGGGAAGCGAGAGCGGAAGCAAUGGCUUCAGGUGCAAGCAGAGGCCAAGGGCAAGUUUCUUGUUUGGAGCAAAACAGGAGGACAGAUGAGAAGAGGAAGUCUCAGUAUUUGGAACCGGGAAUUAAAUUUGCUGCGAGGUGCAGGGAGUUCCUUUCUCCGAAACAGACCAAAGAACUGCUCAAGUCGAAGAUGCAACUGGCAGAGGGCAGGAUCCAAACUGGCGGAUUCAAAGGGUGAGGAAGGCGAUUCUGGCUUAUCAUCAGGAAUAAGUUUCUGAGGGUAAGAGUCCUUCGAUGGCAGAGUGGACUCCCAUGAAAGAAGGUGUUGGGAGGUUUCUAAGCAGAGGUUGGGGGGCCACCUGACAGGGAUUCCUGUGCUUCCUGCAUGGCAGGGGGUUGGACUGGAUGACCCUCGGGGUCCCUUCAACCCUCCAAUUCUAUGACUCCAUUUCACCAUCUUGAAAGGAUUUUUAAAGUUUCUUUUCUUUUCUUUUCUUUUGCAUUUUGGGAAUUUGUUCCUUGCUGCCUUUGCACUUUGAAACCUCUCUGGGCUGGCUGUGCAGAUUGUUUGCUGGGAGAUAUUGCCAGAUAAGGACUCCUUUAAUUGGAGCCUGUGGCUUGGAAAAAGCAAACAGGGAGAUAACAAGCGCUUGGCACCAGUGGCUCUGCGGGACUUGUUGCCACAACACACACACAGAGAGAGACCAAGUCUUGGCUGGGAAGGAGGAAGAGGAUCGAGGAAUACAAUGGUACCUCGGGUUAAGUACUUAAUUCAUUCUGGAGGUCCGUACUUAACCUGAAACUGUUCUUAACCUGAAGCACCACUUUAGCUAAUGGGACCUCCUGCUGCCGCCACACUGCCAGAGCACGAUUUCUGUUCACAUCCUGAAGCAAAGUUCUUAACCUGAAGCACUAUUUCUGGGUUAGCGGAGUCUGUAACCUGAAGCGUAUGUAACCUGAGGUACCACUGUAAUUAUAACCACAGGUCAGAGAAAAGGAAACUAGGGGAAGAAGAGGAGCUUGGAUUUGAUAUCCCGCUUUAUCACUACCCAAAGGAGUCUCAAAGCGGCUGACAUUCUCCUUUCCCUUCCUGCCCCACAACAAACACUCUGUGAGGUGAGUGGGGCUGAGAGGCUUCAAGAAGUGUGACUGGCCCAAGGUCACCCAGCAGCUGCAUGUGGAGGAGCGGAGAUGCGAACCCGGUUCACCAGAUUACGAGUCCACCACUCUUCACCACUACACCACACUGGCUCUCAAGAGACUUAAACCUUUGCUGUCUCUUGUCAUGUCCUUGGAGAGUCAGGCAGGGUGUUUACAGUCCAGAGCUUGCCUAGAUGAAGAGAAGGAGAAGCCCUCCAGGUGCAAAAGGACAAGCCCGCAGUGAUGGUGUUGUUGUUUUUAAAUUUAAUUGUAGAGUUGGAAGGGACCCUGAGUGUCAUCUAGACCAACCCCCUGAAGUGGCCAAGGUGGGGCUCAAACCCAUGACCCUGAGAGCAAGAAUCUCCUGCUCCAGCUACCCCCCUCCAUCAAUGCACAGUUCAGGGCUACAAAGAAUGGUGUUGCAAUCAGUAUUACAGCAUUAUUGUAUUUUGUUUGUGAGUUAGGCUCAUAGAGUUGGGAGGGACCCCUGUGUGGGUGCCUAGAGGCGGUUGGGGGAUGGAAUGCGGCAAACAGAUUGAGGUUGGAUCCUGACAAGACAGAAGUACUGCUUGGGGGGACAGGGGGUGGAGACUUCCUGGUCCUGAAGGAGAAGGUGCGCAGCUUGGGAGUCAUUUUGGGCUCACAGCUGUCCAUGGAGGCGCAGGUUAAUUCUGUGUCCAGGGCAGCUGUUUACCAGCUCCAUCUGGUACACAGGCAGAGACCCUACCUGACCGCAGACUGUCUUGCCAGAGUGGUGCAUGCUCUGGACUACUGCAAUGAGAUCUCCGUGGGGCUACCUUUGAAGGUGACACGGAAACUACAUCUAAUCCAAAAUGUGGCAGCUAGACUGGUGACUGGUAGUGGCUGCCAGGACCAUAUUACACCGGUCCUGAAAGACCUACAUUGGUUCCCAGUACGUUUCUGAGUACAAUUCAAAGUGUUGGUGCUAAACGUCCUUGGCCCGGUAUACCUGAAGGAGUGUCUCCACCCCCAUCGUUCAGUCCAGACACUGAGGUCCACCUCCGAGGUGGUUCUUGCAAUCCUCAUUGCAAGAAGUGAAGUUGCAGGGAACCAGGCAAAGGGCCUUCUUGGUAGUGGCGCCUGCCCUGUGGAACGCCCUCCCAUCAGAUGUCAAGGAAAUGAACAACUAUUUGACUUUUAGAAGACAUCUAAAGGCAACCCUGUUUAGGGAAGUUUUUAAUGUCUGAUGGUUUAUUGUGCUUUUAAUAUUCUGUUGGGAGCUGCCCAGAGUGGCUGGGGAAGGCCUUUGCAGAUACGUUGCCAUUAUUUUCUCUUGACAUUAGGAGCUGCCCAAUUCAAAGUGCUGCUUUUGUGUGUGUUUUUUAAAUAAUAUUUAUUGAUAAUUUCAAGAUUACAAGAAAAAUAAAAAAUAGCAAACAACACUACAAUACAAAAAAAGAAAAAAGAAAAAGAAGACAAUAAAAAAAGAGAAAAGCACAAAAUGUAAAAAAGAGAAAAAAAGAGAAAAAAACACAAAUCCCAAAUUGCAUAUCCAUAAUUUCCAUUUGCUUGUUUCAUUGACCUCCUCACACCUCCGUUUUUGUAUUCUAGUUUAGUAAUUAUUUCAGCAAAUUCUUUCCAUCUUUCUCAAUUUUUGUUAUAAAAUUUAUCUUAACAAUUUAACCUAAUAAUUAACUCAACAAAUCCUUACCAUCUUUCCCCAUAUUCUAUUAUUCAGAUCACCUUAAUUUAUUUAACCUUAUCUUACCCCUAAGUGCCUUAAAACUUAAAUCUUAAAUUUCAAAUAUUCAUAACUCCUAAUAUCGUUUCUGCUAGAGUCGUAUAGUUUCAUUCCCACAUUUUCCCUAAUAUUCAUUAGCUGAUUCUAAAAUAAAAAGGUUUCCAUUAUAAAUUCUCUUCCAAUCAUCAUCCAGCGUCUCUUCUUCCUGGUCUCAGGUCAUGUCAGUCCUUAUUGUCCUUAUUGUCCAUUCUGUCUAGUCCAUCAACCUGGAAGCCUUAUGUCCGAGGCCCUUAAAUCUCUUCCAUGUCCCUUCUGCAAUUCUUCUUCAUCUUGUUUGUGCUUGCCCUUUUCCUUGUCUCUUGUUGGUCUCUGUCUUAGUUUCUUUCCUUUCUCGUUGAGGAGUAGGUCUCUGGGGGAUUCCAACCCAAAAUUGUCUCCAUCACCCUUCAUCCAGCUCGCCCAUUCCCCACAGUCCCACUCCCCACAGUCCUCGAUGUAAUCCAAAAUGAAUUUAAAAUCAAAUUUCAGAGUCUCUCCAAAGCUAGAAGUCUCCUCAUUUCCAGACUCCCCUUGGCCCACUCCAGUUUCAAUCUUCAAUAACAGUGGCUUAUGCUCCUGUAGGACCUCGGGUCUCUCCAUUUGUACUAUUUGAGGUGCAGCCACAUCCUCCUCCAUUGUCAAUUGCACUUGCCCAGUCGGUACAGAUUGAUAGGUUGGUUCUUGGAUGAUUUCUGUAUCAAUGUUAUUAACCACAACAGUCAAAUCCAAUUUCUCAUUCAUCAAGUCCAUCUUUUCAUGCAUCUGUUCCAGCAGAGCAUUUGUCUUGCAUAGAGCAAGCAGCCAGUCUUUCUCCCAGCUCAUCUUUGUUCAAGGUCGAAAAAGUCUGUUCCCACAGUCUUAAUCUCACCGAUGUUGGGUCUCAAAUAUGCUGCAACAACAAUUUAGCAAGCUCCCUCUAGAGGAGACAAUCUACUUGUAGCCAUUUUUUUUUUUUUAAAGACAAAGGAAAGUUACUUUCACUUUUCAGAUAUUUCAGACGUUUUUCAGAUAUUUUGUUUCUUUAAGAUGCAAAAGGCAACAUUAGAAUCAACUUGUUUCUCUUCACUGGCUAUCUGUCAAAGUGUUACGUUCACCGUCAAUGAACCUCAGCAACAGUUUCUGUCUCUGACACCCCGUUCCCAGGUUAGAGACGAUGGAAACUUAUCCUUCUUCACUCCCUCUCCUGCUAGAAUUAAACAGAGUUCCCCCUCCUUUUCUCCUGCUUCCCAAGGGGGUUUCAGUGGUUCUAAAUGAAGGAAAUUUAGUCCUUUUUUGACAGCUUCCCGGCUUUAACUUGCAAAAUUUUUGCUUUCGUCUAUAUACAAAGAAACGGAAGGCGGACUUCCUGUUUACACCUUCCCGCUUCGUUACCAAAUUAAAACAAUUUCUUGAUCCAAUUUUCCGUUUCUACUCAGCGCUCUCUGGCAAUGGCUGUGCGGCUUCACUCCGUGAAAGUAGCAGUCAGUUCGUAGCACAGCGCUUCUCACCCCACUUCGCUCCGGAGCCCCCAGAUGGGAUUCCCCGCGAGUAGGGGGGCGCUUCUGGUGCCCUGCCGAACCCCACGUUCCCAGGCUUCCUCCACCUGGGAUUUCUAGCGGGUCCCCACCUUCGCCGCGGCGGGAAGACCCAGUUUUCACGGAGCCCGUUCCUCCAGUCGGAGGAACUCCGCCAUUCACCAAUGGCGCUGACCCGGAAGUCCCAAAGUGCUGCUUUUGAUCUAUAACACCUUAAACAGCUCAGGACAGCAUCAUCUUUGUCGUCUUCUUCGGCAAUCCCUUGUAGCCGAGUAAGAUUGUCUUCCAUAAACACGGUUUUUAAAGUGCGUCCGUAAGUGACUGUGGAGACCAGUUUUGGAUCCACACGUCCUUCCAAGGUGGGGACAUUGGUUUCUGGGCGGGAGUUGAUCACUGUGCGAAUUUGCUAAGUGUUUCUUCCUCUUAGAAUGUUUCUCCCUUUCGUCCUGAGUUCGAGUGUCUUCUAAGUCCACAACAUCUUUGGUAAAGGCUGUUCUUCAACUGGAGUGCUCACAGGCCAGUGUUUCCCAGUUAGAUUUGCCUUGAGAGCAUCUUUAAACCUCUUUUGUUGACCACCAGCAUUACGCUUUCCAUUUUUAAGUUCGGAAUAGAGUAUUUGCUUUGGAAGAUGAUAAUCAGGCAUCUGGACAACAUGACCAGUUGAUGUUGAAGAAUCAUUGCUUUGACACGGGUGAUCUUUGCUUCUUCCAGUAUACUGGCAUUUGUUCAAGACAGCAAUACUGGACUGCCUUUCCCCAUAUAAACUGUCCUGGACCCUGAGAUCAUUCUCUGAGGGCAGUCUUUGUGCGCCUUCUCCAAGACAGGUCUGGAGGGUGGCAGCAUGAGAACAGGGCCUUUUCUGCAGUGGCUCCCCAUUUGUGGAAUAUUCUCCCCAUGGUGCCUGGUAAAUAUGCUCCUCUUCUCCCAGGCCUUUGGAGAUUAAUAUCCUAGUAUUUUGUGUUCUCAUUUUGUAUUUUUAUGUUGUGAUCUACCCCAUGAUCUUUGGAUGAAGGGUGCUAUAGAAUUUUAUUAAAUAAUUUUUUAAAAAGCACCUGGAGAAGCUGCCAGUUGGGAUUGAGCUUGGGACCUUUCUACACACUGUUACCGGAAAAAUCCUAGGGCUCCCUUAGACAAAAAGUAAAGACACCAACCAGAGUAAAUUGGAGCAAAUCAGCAGCCUGUAGGCUUGGCCUUUAUUGAACUGUUGCAACAGGGUGCUCUCCUCACUUGCAGGAGAGAGGAAAGGACACAGAAAAAUGGUGUGCAAGACCUUAUAAAAACUUUUGAAAUUCCCACCCUGUAGAUCAAGACCACCCCCCAGAAACAUCAUACAUACAUCAAAGAAAGGAGGGGUUGAGGGAGGGGUGGUGGUGGUAACCUGAGUGUCCGCAGUCCGUUGUGUUGUUGAUGGUCUUCUGUCUGGGACCAUCAGGGUUGGCAUAGCAACUGGGCAGGGCUACUGUGUAUGUACUGGCAUGCUCAAGGAUUAUGGCUGCCCUGUAUCAAACCUUCCCCAUUUUGUAGUCCUUCCUUCAUGGAGUAAAAUAAAAGUGGAACAGUGCAAAUCCGAUGUGUGGUUGGUUUUCUAUGAAUUUAUAACAGAAGCGUAGUGUAUGUAGUGUGUGAGUGUGAGUGUGUGUGAAGUUUGUACAAACUGAAUGAUGGGGGGGGGGUUCCUGCUACAGUGCCACACAAGUGCUCUGCCCACUCAACCCCGGUCCCCCGUGUGGGCCCCCUCCCUCUGGGGGCUGCUGCCGAGAGCACCUCCUACUCUAGCCAUUUCAUGGAGGCGUCUCAAAUCGAGAGCGGCUGGAGCAACCAGCCAGAUGGACUGGGUAGAAAUAAUAAAAGGAUUUAAAUUAGACGGACAGGAGUCCUCUCCGCAGUCUGCCUCUUUCGUGCCACGAAGGGCUAGAGUGUCCUCUGCACUCUGCAGUUCAGGGAAGCCAACUUAUUUGCUUGCAGCUUCUCAUCCUUCCUUGAUAGACUUCUUCAAUUGCACAAGAACACCUUUGUUCACGUGCAGAGUGGGAAGCGGAGCACAAGGCUCUCUGUUUGUUAAUGCUUGAUGGAUGAUGAUGAUGAUGAUGAUGAUGAUGAUGAUGUAUAUGCUGGAAGCCACCCAGAGUGGCUGGGGCAACGCAGUCAGUUGGGCAGGGUACAAAUAAGACUAUUAUUAUUAUCCUCAUUAUUAUUUGCUAGGAUCAGCUGCAUGGUUGAUGUGACGUCAAACCAAGGUGCUCGAAUCUUCCCUCUGGACGCAGCCCUGGUUGCCCCAGGCCACUGAGAAGCCACUUCCUCCUCCUCUUUCCCCCUUCCCAGCAUUUCCUCCUCACUGUAUGGAAACUGCCCUGGGGUUAGGAUGAUCCUAGUGCCAGUUUCGAAUGUUACUCUUCCAAAACUGGGAUGGGUUCCAUCAGGAGUGAGGAGCCUGUCCUCUUCCAUGUGUUGCUGAACACACACACACACACACACACACACACACACACACACACACAGACCCUUUGGGGUAAAGUUUCGUAUUACAAUACCUAGUUUUUUGGGGGGGAAAUAAAGAAAAAAAAAUUAUUUCCCCCCCAGGUGCGGGGCUGGGGCAGGGGAAGCCCGAGCUUCCCCCGACCCCAGCCUCCAGAACAGCCUGCUAUCCGCUAGCCGUGGGAGAGCUGCGCAAAACUCCUUUUAUUAGCAGAAGUCAGCAACUGGAAACAGUAGUGAAACCACUCUGAACAUGACGUAUUUCCAUCUAAGAACGUUUCCAGCAUUAGCGAAUACACGUGUUAGCAGGUGUUUCCCUAAAAUGCGUCCCCGGUCAAGCUCCAGCCAAGCGUUAUGUCUCGUAACCAAAUCUGUGAGAGGACAAACGGCCGGGGGAAAACUCUGUCUUCUAGGGAGCGUGGGCGCAAGGCUCCUUGGCACACUGUUGCAUGCCGGGUGCGAGGUUUGCCUCAGCACAAGCGGAGCGUUACCUCCACAUCCCCCUCCUGUUGUGACCAACUCCCCUCCCUGCUGGUCUGCCAGAACCAGAAGAGGUAUGAAGCGCGUGGUUGGCUAACACCCAGGUGUAGCCUCAGAUUGCUUGGGAAAAGUCCUGAAGAGGAGGGGACUGAGGCGGGAGGAAUGGGCAGGGACACCCAAGGGAACCCCCAUAUGAAGACGGCUCAGAAACAAGGGGUUGGAGGUGGGAUGAUGAUGAAUGGCUGGAAGGAGAAGAUGAGGAGGAGGAGUGUGGUGUGGGAAGCAGAAGAGGUAACACAGCUUAGUGAGCGGAGAGAGUUGGUGGCAGAGAGAAGUCCAGAAUCUGAGGCAGGAGAGGAGGGAGGGUCUCCUCCUCCUGUGGUGGCAAGCUCCUGUCCCCUCUUUGUCUCCCAGAACCAGAAGAGGUAUGAAAAGGAGGAAAGGUUGGCUGCAUGUAGGUGCAGUCUCCAAUUGCUUGGGGAAAACCCUGGAGAGGAGGGGAUUUAGGUGGCUAUGGGGAGGCCGGGACCUUCAGUCUCUGCAACUGCUUCAUGGGGGUAAGAACUACUGGGGAAUACCGUAUUUUUCGCCCCAUAGGGCAGUAGCUUCCAACCUAGUUUUUUUGGAGGGAAAUAAAGAAAAAAAAUUUAUUUCCCCCCCAGGUGCGGGGCUGGGGCAGGGGAAGCCCGAGCUUCCCCUGACCCCAGCCUCCAGAACAGCCUGCUAUCCGCUAGCCGUGGGAGAGCUGCGCAAAGCCCGAAGCUUGGGGCGUGCUGAGCUCAGCGCGCCCAAGCUUCUGGGUGCAGGCAAGCUCUCUGCUAGCCGUGGGAGAGCUGCGCGACUUCGCACAGCCCUCCCACGGCUUGCAGAGAGCUGUGCUAAGCCCGAAGCCUGGGGGGGCGCUGAGCUCAGCGGGCCCCCAGGCUUCGGGUGCAGGCCCCCAAGCCGUGGGAGAGCUGCGCGAAGUCGGUGCGCACCGACCCCUCUUGCUCUCCAGGCUUCAGCGAAAGCCUGCAUUCGCCCCAUAGCACGCACACUCAUUUCCCCUUCAUUUUUGGAGUGGGAAAAGUGCAUCCUAUAGGGCGAAAAAUACGGUAGUUGCUGUGCUCACUAGGCUUGACAGCCUGUGCAGAUCCUGUUUUUGCUAGAAAAUGUUAAGAUUUUACGUAACUGAUGUUGGUUAGUGUGAUUAGUAUAAAUCACAUGAGAUGCCUGAGAAGAGUGUGGGAACGGUAGACGGUCUUAUCUCUUCCGUCAGAGAGUGUUAUUGGACUGUACUUUCAUUUUGCUGUGUGCUUUCUGGUUUUCUGCCAGAGUUUAGGAGGCACAGACGUGAUUAUGGGUUCCCUGUAUAUAUUGUGAAUAAAACGUAGUUUAGAUCUUCGGAUGUCUCUAUCUUCUUGCUGCGUGAUGCCGAAAGACUGGUGUGCACUUUUCGUAUGAGAAGUGUUGCAGAGGGGCACUCGGGAGUGAAGGGACAUGCCAUUCCAGAGACGUGCCUACUGGGAGACGCUGGGAGGUACUGGGGGUCUGCCGUCCCCCCCAGGAGCGCUUGCCAACAGAAAAGAGUCCACUCCUAUUUGCAUGGUGUGAUUUACUUCUGGUUCCUGCCUGGAUCAGUCCUCCGUGAGCGUAUGUGUGUGAGAGAGAAUCUACCUCAUUCCCUGAGCUGUAGGGUUGGAAGGGACCCCAAGGGUCAUCCAGCCCAACCCCUGCAACACAGGAAUCCCUCGUGUGCCUCUCACCCCCUCUGUUCUUCCCUUCUCUCCCAGGUGGACAUGUCGCGACGUUGGUCCUACAAGGUGGAGGCGGCCGUCUUGGGUGUGGUGGGCUUCAUGGGGCUCUGCUUUCUCCUCCAGACGGACGAGGACCCUGCUGUCUCGACGGAGCCCAGAGCUGCCACCCCAAGUCCAUCCGCGCCUGCCGCCACCACCCAGCCCUGGCGCAGCCCCGCUGCCGAGUGCCGCGAGAACAUCUCCGUGGCCAGCGUCCCUGGCUUUGCCCAGCUGCCGGGCCACAUCCAGGACUUUCUGCGCUACAAGCACUGCAAGGUGUUCCCGCUGCUCCUGGACGUGCCAGUGAAAUGCGGGCGGCCCGAGUCCUCGCACGAGGUCUUCCUCCUGCUGGCCAUCAAGUCCUCUCCGGGGAACUACGAGCGCCGGGAGAUCAUCCGCAAGACCUGGGGCCGCGAGCGGACCUUUGAGGGCGUCCACAUCCGCAGGGUCUUCCUGGCGGGGGUCCCGGGGAAUGCCCGCGAUGCCCGCAAGCUUGGCCGGCUGCUGCGGCUGGAGACGGAGGAGCACGGGGACAUCCUGCAGUGGGGCUUCCAGGACAGCUUCUUCAACCUGACGCUCAAGCAGGUCCUCUUCCACGCCUGGAUGGAGGCUCGCUGCCCCGGCGUGCGGUUCGUCUUCAACGGGGACGACGACGUCUUUGCCAACACGGACAACAUGGUGCGCUACCUUCUCGGCAUCCCGGGUGCGGGAGAUGAGCAUCUCUUUGUGGGGCAGCUGAUCACCAAUGUGGGCCCCAUCCGCGAGAAGUGGAGCAAGUAUUACGUCCCCGAGCAGGUGACCACCUCCAAGUCGUACCCGCCCUAUUGCGGCGGCGGAGGGGUCCUCAUGUCCGGCUUCACCUCGCGGAACAUCUACCAAAAGUCCCUGGGCAUUGAGCUGUUCCCCAUCGACGACGUCUACCUGGGCAUGUGCUUGGAGAGGGCGGGACUGGCGCCCGCCUCGCACAUGGGCAUCCGCACGGUGGGGGUGCGCGUGCCCUCGUCCAAGCUCGAGUCCUUUGACCCCUGCUAUUACAAGGAACUGCUCCUGGUGCACCGAUUCGUUCCUUACGAGAUGCUGGUGAUGUGGGAUGCCAUCCACCAACCAGACUUGGUCUGCGGGAAGAAGGUCGUUUUCCGAAACCUCUGAGGCUGGGGGGGGCGGGGAUUUUGGAUGUGUGUGUGAAUGGGGGAAACUGCGAUGGAGGAUGCCCUUUCCUUGCAGGAUUUGCUCCUCUCUCGAACUCGUCUCCUGCAGCAGAGGGCAAUGUUUCCUUGAGGGAUUUCCCACUCUCUCGAACUCUUUUCCCCUGGACAGAGAACCGCAGGGAGGGUGUGUGUCUCUGUAUUUGAGGGGCUGCGGCAGCUAUGGGUGGGGUGGGGGGGCUUGUUGGGGUAAUUUGUUCUUAGCGCUUCAGUGUAAGCCGAGCAGAUGGCUCGGGUGCAGCUGGCUUCUCUUGGACUGGUUUCACUUCUUCAAAGGGGAAAGCCUUUGCAAAAGGGAUGGCAAUAAAGAAUUGAACAUUGAAAUUGUAGCAGCUUUGACAAUCCUGACCCACAACGCAACACGCCUCUGGGGUCUUCCUGGUAGGACGUGCUGCGCCCAGGAACCCCAAAACUCCUUUAUCUUACAACUCCAAGGUUGUAUGAUUCUGUCCUCCUUGUGGAAAAGAGGCAGCUGUGGUUUGAGUUGGGCAAAGGGCAGCCUGGAGUUCCUGCUCGGGGAGGUGGCACUGGGGUGGUGAGCAGCCAUAAGGCUGGUGUGGGUGAAUUUUGUUCCCAUGUCAGCAAACGAAGAAAGGUGGUGCAGGUGGUGCAAUGGUUAGUGUGUUGGACCAGGACCCAGGAGAGACGAGGGUUUGAAUCCCACCACUCAGCUGUGACGCUCAGUGUGGACCUUCGAGGUGGUUGGAGUCUCUCUCUCCUCUCUCUCAGCCUAGCCUUCCUCGUGGGGGGGACCCCUUCCAACUCUAGGAUGCUAUGAUUUGCAGUGGCUCCUGACUGGAUUUGCAUUCAGCUACUGUGCUCAUCCUUGCUUACAUAAUUGCUUCUUUUGGCCUUGACUGACAGACGUUAAAGCAGGAUGUCCUUCGUAAAGGCCAGAUAAACAGGGUGUGUGGUGCCUUACAGGGACUGCCAUUGUUCCAGAGCCAGGAAUGAUUGCCAUAAUGACGAGCAAUCCAUCACAAAGUUUCCUUCACCUGUUGCUCAAUUUGUACCACAGGCCUGCAAUUGUUUGAUCUUGGCCCUUGCUCCUGAGGCGCAACGGAGUGUGUCUUUGGGGCGUGGAGUCAAACUGCUGCACUAACAGCACCCAAGUGACCCCCCCUUGGCACAGGCCUGGGUCUUGUGUCUGGGCGUCCUGGGCUGCCCAGACCAGGGGUCAGCAAGCUUUUUCAGCAGGGGGCCGAACUAUAUGUUUUUUUUGGGGGGGGGGGAAUGAACAAAUUCCUAUGCCCCACAAAUAACCCAGAGAUGCAUUUUAAAUAAAAGGACACAUUCUACUCCUGUAAAAACAUGCUGAUUCCCGGACCGUCCGUGGGCCGGAUAGCUGUCACUUUCAGAUUUGAAAAUAAGGGAUCAGCAGCCUCACCUGUCCUGGGGACAGUCUACAGGAUCUCUAACAAUCCGGGAUAGCAGCCGGAUGCUGUGGGAAACGGCGCUGGAAUAAGGGAAUUUCCAGCAAAAAAAGGGAAGGUUGACAGCUAUGAUUGGGCCGGAUCCGACCCCCGGGCCUUAGUUUGCCUACCCAUGGCCCAGACAAUGAGACCUCCCCCCUUGGCCUCACUGAUGGAGUAAAAAAGGAAAGCAGAGCAAGACGUUGGGCAUCAGCUGGGCUGCCGGAAGGAGGCAGACAAGGCACCAUCCAACUGCCUUAGGGACUCCUCUCCAGAUUUCUGCAGGGUUUACACAUUUAUUCUCCCAAAAUAUCCCACAAGGCAGUGCAAGUUUAGGGUCAGGCUUUUCCUUCUCCCAGAUGGACGACCCGCCCCUCACCUCCCUGGAGAGAGGUGUGGCCAUGGAGAAGGGGCGUGGCCCAGGGAGAGGGGCGUGGCCUGGGAACAUUCUUUUUUUAUUAUUAUUAAAUAUUUUCUUGAUUUAC